AUGGGAGGCGAAAAUGAGGACGUCGCGGAGCGAGGCGCGAACAGCAGCAGUGCCGUCAACAACCAGGGCGUGGGCGAGUGGCUGCAUAAGGAGGGCUUCGGCGAGUUCAGGGAGGUGUUUGCAACGCAGCAGGUGAACGGCGCUGUGCUGCUGUUGAGUGAAAACUCUAAAACUUAUCCCUCCUCCCCACAGGGCGUGGGUGAGUGGCUGCAGAAGGAGGGCUUUGGCGAGUUCAGGGAGGUGUUUGCAUCACAGCAGGUGAACGGCGCUGUGCUGCUGCGGCUGUCCCGGGAGUCGCUGGCGGAGCUGGUGCCAUCGUUGGGGCCCAGAAUGGCCGUGCUGGACGCUAUAGAGAAGCUGCGAGGGUGGAAGGCAGGACCAAGGCACGUGGGCGAGGGGCUAGUAGCAGGCUUGCAUGCCUUUGCUGCUAAAUUCGUGCAUGGACUGGAUCACCUGCUGAACGACCCUAUAGAGGGUGCAUCAAAGGAAGGUGUAUCGGGGCUAAUGCACGGGCUCUCCAUGGGAAUUACAGGAGCCAUCAAGCAUCCAGUGGAGGGAGUGGCGAUGCUCUCUCAGCAGCUAGGAGACGGCUUUCGCCGCACGCCCGACGCGCUCUUCGGCCGAUCUCCUGCACUAGAAGACAAACAGGGCUCCGCUCCCCCCUCCCCAGUCGUCACGCCCCUCCCCUCCGCCUCCUCCCCCUUCCCCGCCUCUUUUCCUGGUUCUUCCUCUAGACAGGAGGAUUCUGUGGGGCUGUUAUCGCACCCCACCGCGCUGCACCUAGACCCAGCGUUUGGAUCCUCCUCCUCUGUAUCCCCUUCUCAAGCUCUGUCCCGUUAUAAGCCCAGUUCCUCCCCUGGUUCAGCAACAAAGAAGAUAGGAUCAGGGAUGGCUGUGGGGGAAGAAAGGGGGGCGGGGGAGGAGAAGGGGGAAGGGGGCGGACGGGGGGGAAGCGGUGGGGGUGGGGGAGGCGGAGGAGUAGGGGAGGGUUCUGAAGGGGCGGGGUUGACAGGAGGGGGAGGAAAUGUUGGUGAAGAGGCAAAGCCAGAUUUCCUCAAAGAUGAGGGGGACGGGUCGCGGCCGGCUCACAUAGGGGAGGGUAUCCUGGUGGGCAUGCGGUGCUUUGGCAGCGACCUUUAUGAUGGGCUCACUGGCAUUGUGACGGAGCCAAUGAAGGCCAUGGCAAUGGCGCGAGACAAGGGAUCAGGAUCAGCGGCAGUGCCAGCAGCAGCAGUCAUGCGAGGGCUGGCCAAAGGGCUUGCAGGUGCAAUCUGCAAGCCCGUGGCAGGGGGAUUUGAGCUGGCGCAUGCGACAGUGGAGGGGAUAAUAGCCACGCCACAGACGCUGGCAGCAGCAGCGAGGGACGGGCCGGCCAUUCAGGACACACCCACGUACCAGCGCCUUGCUGCCCUGCGCCUGCUGCCAGCGCAAUCGUCAGAGGCCAUAUCGCGCAUGGGGCAGGCAGCACAGCACGGGAGCAUGAGCCCUGCUGCUGCCGCGCUGCAGAUGAGCGAGCUGAGCCACCGGGGGGAGAUGGGCGCGGGCACGGGUGGGGUGUGA